GUCAAACUCCCUCGGCUCCUUUCAAGGCCGGAUCCAGACCGCAGGGAACCUCGCGGGGUGAGCACCACCAGGGAGGGGACUGAAGGAGAGUAGUUCAGACUGCCUUCGCUUGGGUCUUCUUGCAAGCUCUUCUUUCCCGAAGAUCCAGUGAAGAUUGUCAGGGCAAAAGGCCAGUAUAUGUAUGAUGAAAAUGGAAGACAGUACCUUGACUGUAUUAACAAUGUGGCUCAUGUUGGACACUGCCACCCUGAUGUAGUAAAUGCAGCCAAUGAACAGAAUCAGUUGCUAAAUACAAAUUCUCGUUAUCUCCAUGACAAUAUAGUGGAUUAUGCAAGAAGACUUUCCAAAACACUGCCUGAGAAGUUGUGCACCUUCUAUUUUUUGAAUUCAGGAUCAGAAGCCAAUGACCUUGCCCUGCGAUUGGCACGACAACAUACAAAACACACAGAUGUUAUUGUGUUAGAUCAUGCUUACCAUGGACAUCUGACAUCCUUGAUUGACAUUAGUCCAUAUAAGUUCAGAAAUCUAGAAGGACAGAAGGAUUGGGUCCAUGUGGCUCCUAUCCCGGACACGUACCGUGGAAUAUACAGAGAAGAUCAUAAAGAUUUAGUUACGGCUUAUGCCAAUGAAGUGAAAGAAAUCAUUGAGCAAGCACACAAAAAGGGUAGAAAGAUUGCAGCAUUUUUUGUUGAAUCUCUACCAAGUGUUGCCGGUCAGAUCAUUCCACCAGCAGGCUAUUUCCAAAAGGUAGCAGAACACGUGCACAAAGCAGGAGGUGUAUUUGUUGCUGAUGAAAUUCAAGUAGGUUUUGGCAGAGUUGGCAAACACUUUUGGGCAUUCCAGCUUCAGGGAGAGGAUUUGGUACCAGAUAUCAUCACUAUGGGCAAACCAAUAGGAAAUGGGCACCCUGUUGCCUGUGUAGCAACAACAAAAGAAAUUGCAGAAUCAUUUGCAGCUACUGGAGUGGAAUACUUUAAUACAUUUGGAGGAAAUCCUGUUUCAUGUGCCAUAGGCUUAGCAGUUUUGGAUGUGAUUGAGAAGGAGCAUCUUCAAGCCCAUGCCAUGCAAGUGGGCAACUUCUUGAUGGAAUUACUGAAUCAACAGAAAGUUAAACAUCCUAUCAUUGGCAAUGUCAGGGGUGCUGGAUUAUUUAUUGGAGUGGAUUUAAUAAAAGACCAAGAGAAAAGGACCCCAGCUACUGAAGAAGCAGAGUACUUGAUAACAAGACUGAAGAAAGAGUACAUUCUGCUGAGUACUGAUGGUCCAGGAAGAAACGUACUUAAGUUCAAGCCUCCAAUGUGCUUUAGUGUACAGGAUGCCAAAUUAGUUGUGGAUGCAAUGGAUAAAAUAUUAACAGAUAUGGAAAAAGAGGCGGCAUGUGAACCAGUAGGAGACCUUGAAUCUUAAGCUUCAAUUUUAAUAGGAUAAAUUAAACCCUUUUGCUUAUUACCUUAUACCAAGGAAAAGGGUUUUCCCACAACUUGGAUAUAAGCACUACUAAUAGGUCCUAUAAGACAGGAAAGAAGGGCUUCUCACUAUUCUGUCAUCCUGCAAUGAACAUCCUCCCAUGGUUCCCAAGGAAGAAACAAACAACUGUGCAAAACUACAUUUGUCCAAGAAGGCCACCACACCACACUUGUCCAGAGGACUCUGUAACAAGUGACCAAACAGCACACCUGCAGCUCUUACUGGCAGCUGGGGAUUUCCACUAAGCAUUCUAGUCUAACUUCAAAACCAAGAUAUUAACAAUAAAGGUUUCAGCUGUUGUUCAUUUGCAAGAGAGCCAU